AUGGCGUUAAUUAAAAAUAAAGAAGAAAAAGGCUUGCCUGCGCCCAGGCACAUGCACAAAUGUGGAGGGGAAGGCGUGGAGGCCUUGCCGCAUGGAAUAUUUUCUAGGGAAGUGAAAAGCCUGAUCGCUCGGGUGCUUCGAAACGAGCCACUGCGGGAGGAGGAGAUAAAGCGCCUGCUCAAGAUAGGGGUUAUUUGGCCUGUGCUCAAGCCGUAUCUUCUGCUGAACAUAGAGAAGUAUAAUGCGCUGAAUCUUCUUGAUGUUUUAUGCGAGAGGCAGAACGGCUGA